CAGACACCAAAUGGUAUAUAAUAUAGGUAGAAUAAUAUAGGUAACUUACCCUUACACAAAACUCAGAGAUUAGCGUAAUAGGUUGGGUUAUAUGCGCCCCCCUAUUGAGAUGACGUCUCGUACUUUCGUUUUCGUCACAAGGAAAUCGUGUUUGGGGAGCCUUCUGAAAGUUGUAUUUCUAAACUAACUGAGAGUUAAUGGCAUAUCACACUCGUAGUACUGAUAAACAUAUGAGUACCUAGGUAGAGGGGAAUUUUUCUUUAUUAAGCUACGUAUAAUAUGGAUUCGUCCAAGUUAAUUCCCUUUGUUUAGAAAUAAUCUACAUUAUACCUAUGCGAACAAAGGCCCUUUAUUUGAUGACCUGGUACUUUUACAUCAUACACCCACUUCGUACGGCCCUGAGACUGUCUCGAAGUGUCGUAUGGACCUUCUUGCGAAAACCGUGAUCGACGAUAACGGCCGGGGAAGAAAUAUCGAGACUGCUACAUCAAAACGCCCCUUGAAUUAUUUAAUAAGAUAGCUCCUUAACCGAUGAAUCCGAAUGUAUCUCUCUAAGCCCCUGCCCUCCUAUAGCAGACAGUACCAAUUGCCACCACUCGUUGAGAAGGAGACGGGAGAAGCUAUCGGAGAUAACUAUGGCUGGCUCGCUCUCGCGAAAGAGAACAUUCGACGGGAACUUGAGGCGUCGAAGAUGGAGCUCGAACUCGUCAGAGACUUGCUGAGCGAGCUAGAGGUUCGCUCAAAGAUAAGGCGAUCCAACUGCGGAGCUAGGGAUCAGGUGUUCCUCAUGAGGGCUUGCCAGGAAUAUUCCGGCUCGAGAUCCUGUAUGCUUGAAGAACGACUGCGACAGAUCGAUUUAUGGUUGAGCGACGUACGUAUGGGCCAAAGUAUUCCUCAUGGAGUGCCAGAUGAAUGGCUUAUGGUUGAUAUUGAAUGGCGACAAUGGUUAAGCGAACAAGUAGCGCCACGGGAUAGUGUGUCCGACCGACUCACUGCUACAUCUCACCGGAGCGAUGCGGUGAAGCUCUGGGGACCGCUGAUUCCCAUACUCACAGCCUAUAUCGAGUAGAAUAGCCCGUAGAAAAGAUAGGGCUUGGGCUGAUUCCGCAGGGGAAUGUUGUCGAUGGCUCACUGUUCGAGCUCAGGGACGUUAUUAAAAUGAGAGUUUGUGUUGAACGAUCUGGAAACCAAGCAAAUUAGAGAAGGUAAGAUGCUGACGAAUGCUCGGUGUCUACUUUAGACUAUAUUAUAAUUAGAUUAUUAGUAUCUGAUAGAUUCAAGAGAUAAUAUGUUACGGAA